AUGGGGCCUGAUAUGGUUCUCUAUUUGCCGCAGUUCGUCGACAUGGUCUCGCAGCUCUUAGCCGCCCACGGCAAAUUCGAGAUGCCGCUUCAGCAAGGCUUUUUAAGUAGACUGACAACCAGCAAUUUUAUUGCCUAUGAAGACACAACCAUUAUUCCUUCACUUUUGCAAGCUGCUGAUGGCAUUAUUCUUGAACUUGGCCCCGGGCCGGGUAAUCAGAUUCAUCGUUAUGACACCUCUCGUGUCGAACACAUAUAUGGUGUCGAGCCCAAUCGCUACUUCAAAGACGAUAUAGAUGCCAACUUACAUAAGCAUGGUCUGCGGGAUAAGUAUAAGCUUAUAGCUUGUGGCAUUGAAGACAGCGAUAUUUUGAGAGAAGAGGGGGUCACGGAGGGGAGUUUGGAUUCUGUAUUAUGUAUCCAGGUCCUGUGUUCUGUAAAGGAUCCGAAGAACGUGAUGAAGGAGGUGUUCAAGCUCCUCAAGCCUGGAGGCAAGUUUAUAUUCUGGGAACAUGGAUGGAGUAGAGACCAUUUGACAACUAUAGCGCAAGCUUGCUGGAACCCUACCUGGAGUACGUUUAUCGGAUGUCAUUUGACCCGGAAUGUAUUGGCGGACAUUCUCAAUGUUGGAGAGUGGGAAAAUCCACAUGAAAUCGAAGAACCUGAAGAACCGUUUAGUUUGCUGCCUAGGAUCCAAGGUGUGCUUGUCAAGAAGAAGGCUUGA